GACACAUCGCCUGACUCACACCUGCCCACUCACGCACUCACACACGCACCAUCCACACCAUGUCGACGCUCGCAACCGCAGAACUAGGCCCAUCCGACGACGAGAACGACGGCGACUUUGUCCCCCAGGCCCCAGCCAAGAAGUCCAAGGCCAAGGGCGCGAAGCGACCUCGCUCCGGGUCACACGACAGCGAUUCCGACUCGUCUGGUAGCGACGACGACGGAGAGGACGAUGACGACGAACUCAAGAAGUUGAAGGCUGAGCGUGCCGAGGCCGAGGCGGCCGAGCGCAAGAAGCGUGCUGCGGACGCCUUCCGCGCCAUGCAGGAGGAGGCGAGGAGUGGCGUGCCGGCCACGGCCGCGCCAAAGGAGGUCGAGAUGGUUGAGGUGAAGCGGCCGCGCCGCUUCGCAGGCGAGACAAUAUACGAGACGGUCCGCUUGCCCAAGGACGACCCAGAAGCGAUCAAGUACCUUGCCCAGCAGGCUGCAGAGGCGUCAAGCGAAGCAUCGACGUCAGCCGCACCUUCAGCCGAUGGUGCCAGCCCAGCACCGGCAGCUACGACCUCGAACGGAGCAGCCGCCGCGGAGCCACAAACGCAACCCCGCCCAGCGCCUGCGCGCCCAUUAGGCAGAGGACCAGUGCGCAAGCGCCCACGACAGUCGCUCGAGGCCAUGUCGGCUGCUCUGGACGCGGGGAAGAAGAUGACGACGCUAGAGAAGUCACAGAUGGACUGGAACUCGCACAUGACCACCAACACGGCAGUGUCGGACGAGAUCGCGGCGCACCGUCGCUCGGGAGGGUACCUGGAGAAGAAGGCGUUCCUCGACCGCGUGGACGAGAGGCGAGCAGGCGCGCAGUCGCAGCCGUCAUCAAGGCGAGGUUGAGGCCAAGUCGCGUCGAGAUGAAGUUAAUGCCCAAGUCAA